AUGAUUUUUGCUGCCGUCCUUUCCUCUUUGGCUGUCGCCACGGCUUCCUCAGUGGCAGAAGCUGCGACGCGUUCCGUGGAGAGACGGACCAAGUAUAAGCCCGGCUGGUGUGGCCAGGCUACCCCAGGAUCUGGGUUCAAUUAUGUCGAAGCCACCUGGAAGAUGCCCGAGUCCUUCCCGACAGACGCCCAGAAGCAAAAUCAGCCAAUCUACAACUACCAAUGGGUUGGCAUUGACGGUGCUCUUUCGCAAUGCCAGGCUCUCCUCCAGGCCGGGACUUACUACAGACUGAAAGAUAAUGUUGGUACCUACGGAUUCUGGUACGAGUUUUACCCCAACGGUUCCUGGCUCCUGGACAGCCCUGCAGUGUCCCCAGGAGAUGACAUCUAUGUCAACGUAAAGGCCACGUCCAAGACUACAGGCACUGUGUAUAUGGAAAAUCGAACCACCAAACAGAAUUUCACUCAAGACCUGACUGCACCUGAUGGCUACGAGCUUUGCCAGUCCAAUGUUGAAUGGAUCCAGGAGAAUGCUAUUGGCAAGGUCACGACGCUGGCACCUUUCUCGACCUUCAGCUUCGAAAAUGCUUAUGCGACCGACGAAAGUGGCCACAGCUACAACAUGAAUGGUUCGGAGAGCUGGAUUGUCCAGUUCGACAACCCGAACGGAAACGGUUACACACGCCUGUGCCACCCAUCCGACAUGACUGACACUUCCGUUACUAUUAAUUAUGACGGUCCCAAGUAG